AUGUUGCGGCCCGCCGCACCAAUUGUCCUCGCAUCCGUCCACCCACGCACACCUCAUGGGCCGCCCAACCGCAGCGACUCGUACGCGCUGCCCGAGAACUUCUGCAUUAUCGAGAGCCGCGAUGCCGUCAAGGACUUUGCCGGCAUGCAGCUGGAUGAGAUCACGGACAACAUCACGUCGCGCCGCAACAGGAUCUUCUUGCUGAUGGAGGAGGUGCGGCGGCUGCGCAUCCAGCAGCGGCUCAAGGGCGGCGAUGACGCGCCCACCGCGCCCUCCAACGGCGGCGCCCCCGAGUUGGAGGAGUCGUACCUCUCGGCCCUUCCCUUCCUGCCGCCGCUGACCAACGAGACGCUGAAUACUUACUACACCUUUUACGCCGGCUUCGUCGCGAGCGUGAUCGUGUUUGGGGCGCUGCUGGCGCCGCUGCUGGAGGUCAAGAUCGGCCUCGGGG